GGCGUUCGCUAUCGCAAUUAACUCGUAUAAGUGGUAUCAAGAGGCUUUUAAUUAACGACACGCCAGGACCGUACCUGUAUCGACUUGUAUGUACGAGUUAGACAGAAGCGUCUCUUCGGAAUCCUCGUGGACGAACGUUUAUCUUAUCCAUGGCGGCAAUCAUCAAACGACGUCGGGCCAUUCGUCUUAAUGCAGUUUUCAUGUCGAAUCCUGACUCUUCGGGAUUAUACGUAUAGGUAUAAUGGUCGCGGUCGAAUUAUCUAUUCCUGGAAGGAUCGUUCGGGAUCUCGAGGAAAACAUGGGAUCCCUGGGUGGCGACACCAGUCUCGACAGAGUCAUGGCGAAUUGUCUCCGUGCGUGCCCUCACUGCUGUCAGACUGUAGAGGGAGAAAAAAUAGAAGACAGCACGUUAUCUUGCUGCCUAGCCUUUGUUGACAGUCGGAUCUGGCUUACCGAGAAUCGUAAAAUAAUAACCUAGGUGUGCGUUGCACUAGAAGUAUCGACGGGGUUGUCUUCGCUCGUUUUCUACUGGGAAUUUUCUUGGAUACCUGGGAUUCUUAUAGAAUGGAUCUCCGUGAAUGUAUGAGGUGCCUUCGCGUGGGUUACGGUUAUUACGGCCCUGGAACACACUGGAUUCUCUACCUUAACAGGGAAGCUGAGUUCCCCGGUGAAGACCUGGUAUACAGGUAUCCCCAGUAUCUUUUUCUUCCGCUGGUCACUUCGACAGUCCGGAUGCCUGCAGGGCCCUUGAGUCGGAAUCUUUGAGACGUUAUUAAGGCCGCAUUAAGACGGCAUUGUUCUCCUCGGCGUCUACGGAGCGCGUCCAUUAAAACCAGAUACGUAUAAAGGACGGCUGUCAGGCAGCGUGAAUUAGGAAUAUCUAGAUGAACAGCUUGACAUUCACAAAAGGACUUGGGAUAUAAUUAAACGAAAAUAACUCCGACUCCACGGCAGAUUUUGCCUUUCGAAACGGUUUGAGUACCGUGGCAUUCUGCCCGUUGGACAAGCGAGAGAGAACGAAGAGGAGAAGGACGUCCGGUGUUAGGAUCAAAGAACCUUUAUCCACGUGAAUAACAGAAGACGGAGGUCAGGAUCGUCGUAGCAGACGUACCGUACAGGAUUCUGAUUCCCCUAUCGAAUCGUACAAUUAGCAGUUAAAUGAUCCACAGAGAUUUUCACCAUCAAAAGUCUUUGGUAAAUCAAAUGGAAACUCAAUAAUUCACAUCGGCCGAGCUCAGUCGACCAAGACAUAAAUCCUUGACCAGUGCUUACCUUGGUACCUAGGAGUGCAAAGAGAAGAUAUAGUAAUAUCGUACCGGGUGGUCGCUACUCACUGCUCGGUAUCAACAUCAAAGAGGGCCGCUAUCGUUCUCCACGUGAUCUCCCCCCUUCGCUCUCGUCUUACAAAUGAAAGGAUUAACCUUACACGAGGAGUACCAAGCACGACAAACGACCCAGAGGGGAUCAGCCGGCUACGCUUGUGUACGUCAUUGCCAUUGGACCUGGUUGACAGACACGUAUAGCUACUCGAAUGAUCUUUACAUUACUUGGCCUCAUUAAGCAAUGACGUUAUGUAACAUAUAAUGGAGCCGCGUCCUGGCUACGUAUCCCGGUGAGCCCAGUCCCUUCGUCUUGGCCUUCUGGGCGGGUUCGACGGUUAAGAAUGGAAGAUUCUUCAGUCUGACAGUGAGGAUCCCCGGCAACGUGUAAUUUUGGGGCCUUCCGGGAAUAGACAGAGCAUAAUUGACAGUGGCGGCCGAUGGCGCAUCUUGAAGGAGGAGGAAGGGCCUCGAUUUCUUGGCUCGAAUGUUCCUAACCUCCGAGCGGCCAAUCUUUAUGUAAUUGACGUGGCCGAUGCUUCGACCGGAUGUGGCUACCGCCAUCUUGCGAUCAUCCGUGGGGACACGCUAUUUAGAUCGAUGCUUUCUGGAACGACUUUUCGAUGGACCCAAAAGGACUUGAGGAGGACGCGAAUGAGAUCUAGAGGGGCGAACUUACCUUUUCAUGAUUCGAGACUUCAGACCACGCUCGCAGCUUUCAUGCCUCUGGUCCAUUACAACUGCUCCAGACACUUGAGGUUCUUCCUUUGUGCCGUAUUUGCUCCUGUCUGUUCGGAACACGUUGCAAUGCAGAUACCAGCGUGCAAGCCACUUUGUCUUUCCGUUAGAAGAGACUGUGAACCCGCCUUAACUACUCUUACCCUGCCCUGGCCACAUAUGCUGGAUUGCGAACGAUUUCCGGAUAACGGAAAUACUCUGUGCGUUCAACCGCCGCCGGAAGAAACGCUACCGGAAACCGCACCACCAGCUCUGCCACCGGUGCAGCAACAGUGGCCGGUAGUGCAGCCGAUUCAGCCGAUACAAUCGAUGCAACCGGCACGAAUCAAUCAGCAUCACCAAUGUCCUCCGCACUUCGUCCAGACGCCCUUUGUCGACACGAUAUCCUGCGCUCCGCGUUGCGGUGCUGAUGCCUAUUAUCGUGCCGAAGACAAAAGAUUUGCCGAGCGUUGGAUGACCGGAUGGGCAUGGCUGUGCUUCUUGUCGACUCUCUUCACAUUGCUGACCUUCUGGGUGGAACCUUCCAGGUUCCGUUAUCCAGAAAGACCAAUAGUAUUCUUGGCAUUGUGCUACAACCUCCUCUCCGUCGCUUAUAUUAUACGCGGAGCAGUUGGUCCAGAGAACUUGAGCUGCGCCAGUCAGACAGAUGGUCCUAGUUACGUACCUGUCCACGAUGGUCUCAGAAGCAUUCCCUGCACUAUAUGGUGGCUGGCUAGACAUUACCUGGGAUUAGCCAGCAGCGCCUGGUGGGCUGUCCUAUGCGGCUGUUGGCUGCUUAGUGCGAGAAACGAGUGGAGCAGCGAGGCUCUUCAUAAUAUUGCUCCUUAUUUACAUGCCACUGCCUGGGGCGUACCGAUUCUCUUAACUGGAGGUAGUCUCAUAUCUCGGAACGUUGCUGCGGAUGAGCUAACUGGUCUUUGCCAGGUGUCCGAAGAGUCUGCACUGUGGCUCGAGGUACUCCCACAUGCCACGCUUUUACUCCUGGGAUGCAUCUUCGCCAGUGUAGCUGGAACUGCUUUAGUUCGCGUACGUAGAGCAGUGCGCUCAGCUGGUCGUAGCGCUACCAAACUCGAGCGGCUUAUGACUAGAUUAGGAAUUUUUGCGUUGCUCUACGCAUUGCCAGCCUUCGGAGGACUCGCCUGUAUCCUUCAUGAAUCCUCUGUGAGACCAAGAUGGCGGACUUUGGCUCUCUUGGCUGCGUUAGAUUGUAGAGCAGCACAGAAUUGCGAUCCCGGGCCGGUUUACAGAGCUGCUGGACUUGAGGUAGCUUUACUCAGGUUGUUCCUGUCCCUCGUCGUUGGGGUUACUUCUGGAAUGUGGGUCUGGUCUGGGAAAACUUGUAGAGCAUGGAGUAGACUGCUCGCUGCACCAACUAAACCCCUUAGGCCACCCCAGGUCAUGCAGCCUCUUGGACAUAAUAUGUUUCAAGGGUACAAACCAGAUACUAAUAACAUGGCGUGAACGAAUAUUAAUGAUAUUUGUUCUUUUGUUUUUGGUGUAUACUCCUUAUCAUGGCAUUUUACCCUAUGUAUUAACUGGUGCACGUUUAAGACACUUUUCUGGUACUUCCUGUACUAUAUCUUUGACUUGCUGUUUCUGGUUCUUUGAUACAAUCUUUUGACAGAACGGUGCACUUGAGAAGAUUAAUUUAUUUAUGUAUUUAGUCGACAUUGUUUUGUAUAUCGUGUACAAUUUGUGGCGGGUACUCUUAUGAGUUUGAUUGAGAAAAUUAGGAUGAUUUUUUUUUUAUGAAGAAUAUGCCGUUUAUACUUGACCACAAUUAAUGAAAUGUUUGGCUUAUAAGAUCACUGUAAAUAAAACUGUAAAUAUUGUAAAUGAAUGGUUAAAGUCACAGAAGCAACACUUAAAAAGUGCUCAUGACAAUUUAAAUAUCUCUAUGCGUAGGAUGCUGUAGUCUUAAGGUUUUGUACAAACAAUACUAUUUUAUAUGAUACAAUAAAAAUAUGUUUUUAUAGAA